UAACUGAAACUAAAUUGUGUUAUUUGUUCAUUGGACAAACAAAACCUUAGUGAGACAUAUCAAACAGAAAAUAAAAACAUCAUUUAAAAAAUGCAACAUUAUAGUUAAUCAACGACGAGAGCGAGAAAAACUACGAAAACAGAGGAAAACUCUACAAUAAUAAAGCAAAAACAUAUUACUUCACUCACGAAACCGAAAGCAAAACCACUUUGUGAGCCACAGGAAGAAGUUGCUGCCACAGUUUGUUGCCACAGACAGACACCACACACACACGCACACACACACACACACACAUACGAACUCAUAAAUUUGACAUUGAGGCUACUCUGGUGUUGAUGCUGCCGUCUAAAGGCAUUUCAGUACACAAAAUGCGGCGUACACAAAUACAAUUGUUGUGGUGUGUGCUACUCCUGCUGGCCUACUUGAGCCAAGGCCGCGCAGAAACCAAGUUCCGCACGCCAGCUCGCGUGCUGGCCAAGCAGACGGGCGCCACACAGUUCGAGGAGGAGCGCUAUGAGACGCACACAAACUGCAACGAGCACAAGCACCACCUGAAGAAGCGCGCCUCCGACGAGGAUGUGGACUACGAGGUCUAUCAGGGCGUUGUGGGUAGACCAGGCAUAGACUUUCCCAUCUAUCCGCGCAUACCAAAGACCACGUUCAGCUGCCGCUCCUAUGGCAAUGGCUACUUUGCCGACAUGGAAACGGAUUGCCAGGUUUUUCAUAUAUGUGAGGAGGGCCGCAAGAUAUCGUUCCUCUGCCCCAACGGCACCAUCUUCCAGCAGAGCGAGCUCACCUGCGACUGGUGGUUCAAGGUCAACUGCCUGGGCUCCUCCGGCUACUACGCAGAGAGCGCCGAGAUUUUGAACAAGCAGCGCGUUCAUCGCGUGCGUCCCUCAGUGCCCGUGCAGGGCUUUAAUAUUGUUGGCGGCGGAUUGAACAUCAAGCCGAAGGUGACUCCAGUGGUGGGCCAGGCGCGCGCCGGCGGCCGGGGCAGCAGCAAAUCCGACAGGCGCAUCGACUCCACGGAGGAGCUGCACGCCUCGCUGGAGAGCGUCGACUUCGACGAUGUCUCUGGUGAGAAGCAGCGCAAGGUGCUGCCCAGCAUAGACAACAACAGCAACGACCAUGAGUCGCAGAUCACAGCCGAGAGCUCCUCCUUUGUUAGCGGCUCAGGCAAACGACGCAGCGACAGCAACAGCAACAGCAACAGCAACAGCAACAGCAACAGCAACGGCAACAAGAGCAACGGCAACAGCAACAACAAUGGAAACUCCAAUUCCAGUCCGAACAGCAGCGACGAUUCAACCAUUUUGAAGCCAACCCGUAGCCGCAGUAGCGGCAGCAGCGGAUCCUCCCACGAAUUCAGGGAGCGGGCCCGCAAUGGCCAGCGUGGACAGCAGCGCUACAAGGAUCUGGAGAGCGAGGAGCAGCACAGCAAGGAGAAGAACAAAGAGAAGAACAAAGAAAAGGCAAAGGAGAAGCCCGAUUUCUUUGAGGCCUACUCGGUCCGCCCCGUGCAGCACACGACGCCCCAUUACACGCCCAGCAGCCACUCCACUGUGCGCCGCCUGGAGCCGAGCAAGUCCACGCCCUUCUACACGCCCACCGUGCCCAGCGUACCCAAGUCCAAGGGCUCCGAGGGCAAGCUGAACUAUAUUAAGGGCGGCCAUGCCGCGACCACGCCCAAUCCGAAUCGCUUUGGCAGCGCAGCCAUCUCGGGUCUCUUCCUGGAGGCCAAGCCAACAGCCAGCGCCAGCCUGGAGCUCGACAGCACCUACAGACCCAUCGUCAUCGGCAUGCGUCAUCAUUACGACGUCGCCAGCUCCGGGGAGCUGAAGCAGACGCCCAAGAAGAGCGAGAGUCGCGAUUAUUUGCCCACGACCCCAGCGCCGACGUCGACGAGCAGCGGACCCACCUACUUGCCCAAGGUGGGCGCCUCUGUGCCCAGAACCAAUGCAGCAGCGGCUGCAGCUGGCGAGGAGUCGCUGCUCUUUGCGCCGAAUCCCGUGAAGGAGGAGUCCGUUUAUCGCAAUGUGCAGGAUAUGCUCAAGACGGUUAAUCUGCUCAAGGAUAAGUUCGAGGAUGUGGAGCUGAACGCACAGCCAGCGACAAACGGCCGUGCUGGCCUGGAAAUUCCGCCCUCCUCCGGCCCAGAUGCGCUCGUCUCGCUGGCCAAGUACUUUGCCCAGGAGCACAACGAGUCCGGCAACUCCCUGGUCAAGCCGGAGAAGAGUGGAGGGCAGACGAAGCUCUCGGCAAAGGUGCCGGCAUCCCUACUGCCCACGGUCAAGCCCUCCGACACGACAGCCACGCUAACUACCUCAGAGGCGCCGCCAAGCAUCAGCGAGCAGGCGGAUGACAUCAAGCAGAGUCUGCUCAGUGCCAAGACCGUGCAGAAGUAUAGCAAUCUCUUCGGCCUGAAGGAUGUCAAGGGUCGGGGAUCCCUUGAGGGCCAGGUGGACAUCAGCGCGGGCUUACUCUCCAAUGAGACGCAGUCGCCAGCCAAGUCGGCGGACUAUCAGCCAUUCCCACAAAUUGGCAGCACGGGCUCAACCAUUGCGAAGCUGGCCGAGCAGCCCGAGUCGCGCAAGAUAGCGCAAAUCUUCUCGAACGCACUGACCAGCUACCUAGAUGAUCCCGGAAGCUUCCGUGCAGAGCUGGCCGCCAGGGCGCGACCCACCGAGCCGCCAAACUUUAAGCCCGUGACCACAACGGAUGCCUCGCUUUUCAGCGACGGCACGGCCAAGUACUACUUGCCCACGAAGCCCUCGCCGGAUGUGACCACGCCCCAAAACAUUGCGCUCGAGAUAAACCACAAGUUCGACUCAACUCCGGCACCGGAAUACUCCACGACCACCGAGCUGUACGAGCUGAGCACGAGCCGGGGUCAGGACUCGGAGCUGGAGCUGUCGGCAGAGCUGUCGCCGCCCAGCCCCGACUCGGGCGAGGGCGACGAGUUCCUGCAGCAGCAGCAGACGCAGUCGUUCGUCAAGUCCCGCAACGAUUUGCUGAAGGACGCACGGCCCCAAAAGCUCAUCACGACACUCAAGCCCACGGAGCACCCAUGGGCACUCAAGUCCCAGACGGACUUCCUCGAUCCACUGACCAUCAACGAUGCGCUGAUGAAGGAGCGCACCACGAGCACUACAUCCAGCACCUCGGCUCCGUUCACCUACUCGCCCAGGUCGCUGGGCAGCAGCACAGCCACGCCCUCGCCCGUGCACUACGAAUGGGAGGAUAUAUUCCGCAGCUACGACAUUCCACGCGACGCUCUGCCCUCGAGCAGCGGCCUGCAGCGCAUAGCCAACAAGCUUUUCGGCGGCCUCAACGAGCAGGAGGCGCUCCACUUGCGCAACGUGAUGGCCAAGGCCGAGCACGAUCGCCAGGUGCUCAGCCUGCUGCUGCUGCUCAUCCAGACCUGCGACGAUCACAAUGGCAAGGCCCUGGAGCGCUCCCGCAAGCAUCUGCUCAAUGCCCUCAUCGACAUCGACAGCAAGAUAUCCAGCAAACAUGUGUCCAGGCAGCAGCAACAGCAACAGCAACAGCAACAGCAGCAGCAGCAGGUGGCCACGACUACGACGCGGGUGCCCGUAACCACAUUCCGACGUAGUAGCAAUGCGGACUACUAUACAAGCACCACACCCGGCUAUACGACCAGCACGGAGCUGCCGCCGUUCUCGACCAGCACCACAGCGCCGGGCAGCUACGAGGAGACCACCAAGUUCGAGAUUCGCGUCGAGGAUGUGGACGAUGCUGACUUGGCGGCAACGACGCCGACGCCAACGCCGGCGCAGCCCGAGAUCCACUCGGAUCGCCGGGCGCUCGAGCUGCUCAAGUCAUUAUACUCGCUGGCAUCAAAGUUUAGCAGCAGGCGAUAGGCGAAUGGCCAGAGGGUUGCCAACGGUCGCCAAUUCCUAAUGGCAGUGUUGCCAACUGUGCGCGUUAAUGCUUAACUUUUAGUCAACUCUCCCUCCAUUCCACUCCGCGGCUCGCACCGAACCCUCCGCCUACUUGGC